ACCGAUAGGCAAUACAUUAUUUUUGGUUGGCGUAUAAACAAUUUUUUUUUGCAAAAGAUAACAAUUGUUUGAUUUCACGAAUGCAAAUGGAUAAAUUAAAUCAAACUUUAACAGCAGUUAAGAACUUACGCUCAAAUGUGCGCCAGUGCUUUGAGCAUCUGGCCGAUGGCACCGAUGGCGAAGGCGUCGAGGAAAGCCGCAAUAAAUUUGUGCACGAUUUUCAGGAAAGAUUUGGAGCUAUCAACUCGCAAUUACGUGAAGUGGAGCAGCUCAUCAAUGGGUUACAGGUGCCGCCGACAGCCUACCAUUUGGGAAACACCACAUUUCUGGCACAGGAAACAUCGCAGGAACGACAAGCGCUCUACCCUCAGCUGGUAAACAGCUAUAAAUGGAUUGAUAAGGUUCACGAUCAUAGCAUGCUUGCGUUCAACAACCUCAAUCAAAAUACGCUGCGUCGUUCCUACAACUAUUGCUCACAGAAGCGACAGCGCUUGCCCUUCUCCUCCUUCAACAACGAUCCGGAUCACAUUGAUAAGCUGCUGAGUGAUAUUAAUCAUCCGCCGCACACAUCCUAUAAAGUAUUCCAUCCAUUUGGCUCCAACGCUGUGGCCAUCGUCACCAUCAGCAAUGUGCUCAAGGCGGCAAUUGUCUUUAAGGGCGUGCUCAUCGAAUGGGUGACCAUUAAAGGCUACGAUGAGACACUGGAGCACGAUGACCUGUGGGCUGAGUCGCGCUAUGAGGUAUUUCGCAAGGUGCAGGAGCACGCCCAUUCGGCCAUGCUCCACUUCUUCUCGCCCACAUUGCCCGAUCUGGCAGUAAAGAGCUAUGUAACUUGGCUCAACAGUCACAUCAAACUCUUUCUGGAGCCGUGCAAGCGCUGCGGCAAAUAUAUUGCUAAUGGUUUGCCGCCCACGUGGCGCGACUUACGCACGCUCGAGCCGUUCCACGAAGAUUGUCGCAAUAGCUAAAAACUACACAAAUACAUAUGUAUAUAUAUUUAUAACAUAUUGAUAAGCAUAACUUUUAUACUUCAUUU